CAGUCUACCUAUUUUACCGUGUAAAUAGCUCCAAAGCAAAUUAAAUUGCAAAGAGUGUAACCUUCACUAGACUUAUCAUUCAUUAUUCACAGUAUGAAGGAGAGUUUCGCAGAUCAUGCCAGUCGCACAACUUGAGACCUUCAAGCUCGAAUCCACUCGCCACAGAUUAUCUUGACCACAAGAGUGUGCUAACUUCAUUGAUACCUUUUCAUCCUUCAGGAUGAUGGCAGGAAACAGUGAUCUUUCUGGUGGUACCGGCGAGAAGUUGACAAAUGCAACAAUUGUGGUAGCUGGUUCUGCUGCAUUGCUAGCGUCUAUACUUUCUAUCGUGUAUGUUUGCCAGCGACCACCUUGUUCAUCUGCUCGAAAGCUAAUGUCUCUUUAACAGGUCAGUUUGGUUGCAGACGUACGUUAUAUAUUAUACAAUAAAGGAACAAAUUAUAUGUCUAACCGUUCGUAGAAAAAACUAUCGGAAGCCCCUUCUGCAACGCUAUGUUAUUCGAAUCCUACUUAUGUACGUGGUUGAAAUUGUCAAUCACAUUCAAAGUUCCUGUUCUAAUAAGCAUGCUUAGGGUGCCGAUAUACUCAAUCUCUUCAUGGACCAGUCUUGUGUCGAGGGAAGCAGCGCUGUUCCUCGAUCCUAUUCGUGACGUAUACGAGGUGGGUUAAAGUUUCUAGAUGAUAGUGCCGCGGAACUAAGUGCUAGCAGGCUUUCACAAUUUACACCUUUUUUCAACUCCUUAUCAAUUUCCUCGGAGGUGAACGAUCUUUGAUCAUCAUGAUGCAUGGACGAGCACCGGUUCAUCACCUUUGGCCAUUAAAUCAUGUCUUCCCUAAGGUCGAUAUAUCAGAUCCCCAUACAUUCUUGGCCAUCAAACGUGGAAUUCUACAAUAUGCUUGGCUGAAGCCUCUUCUUGGACUUUCAGCUAUCAUUAUGAAAGCUACGGGUGUUUAUCAAGAAGGUACUAUUUCUUUAAGUUCUGGUUACAUGUGGAGUGGGAUUAUCUACAAUAUUAGUGUCACACUGAGUUUAUAUUCUCUCGGGAUGUUUUGGGUUAUCAUGUCUAAGGAUUUACAACCCUUUCGUCCCGUGCCGAAGUUCUUGUGUAUUAAGCUCAUCAUAUUUGCUUCAUACUGGCAAGGAUUUCUUCUUUCGAUCUUGGUCUUUCUUGGAGCAAUUCCGGACAAUGUGGAGGAUUACACGGCCGACAGUCUCGCUGCAGCGAUCCAGGAUGCAUUGAUCUGUAUUGAGAUGCCUAUUUUCGCAAUCGGACAUUGGUAUGCAUUUUCGUGGCAUGACUAUGCAGAUGUCACUAUCUCUGCAGCUAGGAUGCCUGUCCGCUACGCUAUUCGGGAUGCUUUUGGUAUUCGUGAUCUUAUCGAGGAUACGAAAGAAACAUUCAGUGGGAAGAAAUAUGAAUACCGGCUAUUUGAUUCCGGAGAUAAUGUCUUAGCUCAUGAAGGGUCGUCGUCAAGAGUAGCUCGAAUGAUGGAGGGUAUGCGAUACGAGCGUGGCGGGAAAGGAAAAUACUGGAUUCCAAAACCUGGAGAAGCAAAUGCGAGGACACCAUUGCUUGGUAACAAUGCUGGAUCUCCUGGAACCAGAUCCCCUAUGCAACCCCGUGAUGGUGAUUCUGACUAUAUGGGGUGGGGUGAUGGUGGAAUGGAACAACAAGGCUUAGAUGCCGACGAAGAAGGGCUUUACGAGAGAGCCAGACAGCUGGAAUAUGGAGAUUGGAACGUGAGUGGUGUUACCUACUAGUUCUUCAAAGCUAACUCGUUAUCUGUAGUAUCCAGUAAUCACAGCUCAUGAAGCUUCAAGAGAACGAUGGCUCACUGCGCAACCUGAUCUUUUGACUACUUCAGCUAACCGCAACCUUCUCCAACCUACUAACGACAAUCGUAUUCGAAGGGCUAGUAACAUUAGAGAGACAGUUGAGGAUGUCACCAGCCGAACAAAAAGAAAGUCCUCGAGAAAUAGUCACAGCAGAGAUUCUAAAGGCAAAAAUAAAGAAAACUCUCCUCUUCACGAAGAGGGAAGAGCGCCGAUGCUUAAAGGCAUGUUGCGACAACACUCAUCUGCCUCGGGUUCAGCCAAAUCCGAUAGGAGCCAAUUAGUUGAUGUCAUUGUCGAAGACACUGUUGCAGAGGAAACCGAAAGAGUUCGGGCUCGAAAAGAAGGAAGUGCCGGGUGGAAUGCCGCUGAGCCUCGACGCUAUGUGUAAGUUAUCCUUUCAUCAAAUUAGAAUUCUGGGCUGAUUUGUUGAAGACGAACAUAUGGAGACGGCACGGGCGAGGACAUCCGAGAAGGAUUCGAGCCUACUGAUGAUGUAGAAGCUGUCGAUCCUAAACCAGGUCUCGACGAGUUUGCAGUCGAUGGGAACGAGGAUCAUAAUAGUACUCGGGAUGACUCGGAGGAGUCGCGCCAUUGGAACGAGGCUCGGGAGGCAAGUGUGUUAUUGAAGCCUAAAUACGGAGUGGAUGGAGAGGCGUUCGAAAACGUUUGGGGUAGUGGAGAACCGUCAACCCCUCCACGGGAGAAUCCGUGAUGUAUAAUAAUAUCCUUGGGGGUUUUUGGGGGUGCGCCUGACAUACAUGGCGAGGGCGUUGGCGUAAAGGGUCGUAUAAAUAAACACACAUGUAAUUCUCUUUUCCUAGCCGUUUUUACUUAUUCAUAGCGUAUAUCAGAAUGUGUGAAUUAUUCCUUU